AUGUUGACGCAGGAUAUGACCUUGUACCAUUCAUGGGUGGAAUCCUACGACAAGAAGGAAGAAACUAAUCAGAAAGGUAUCGAAACCGUGCGUGAAGCUGAAGGGGAUCACUCGCAAGCAGCUGUCGCUGCUGCUCGUGAAGAUGCUGAUGGUGGAAAGGGCAAUGGUAAAAACGGUAGGCCAAAGCCAAAGCCCAAACCCAGUACAGGUCCCAAGACAAAGACCGACGAACAACUUGCACGCGCAGCUGUGGUCAAGGCCAAUUCGAACCUUCUGGAAAUUUCCCAGUGGAGGUACAAACUUGAGUCUGCAGGAAUGGCGCAGGCAGUGGCAGCUGCAUUUGUUGGGCAAAUGGAGGAAGAGGCAAACAAGUUACGGGAUGCAAAGAGCGCCCUUGAGAGUGCUUUGAGCAAAGGGGAGGCACUAAGUGAUGCCACAGUAGCAUUGAGCGAUGCCAACAAGGCGUACCACACAGCAAGUUUGCAGGUCCGAAAGAACUGUGACCACAGCUACGCUGACUACUUAAUCUCUUCACUUGGCCGCGGUGCCACCUCAUGCGCGGAGCUUCAGCGUGCCGCACAAGCCUCGGUCCAAGAAGCCCAGGCAAGUGGCAAGGUUCGAGAUGAAGAUUCGAUAUCGCAGUACUGGCGACACACGACUCAAUAUGGCUGGCACAAGCGGGACCAUCCGGGGUUUGCAGUCAAAGCUCUUCUGGAUGGACAUCGCCCAAGUGUGGACUUUGAGGGGAAGCCUUUGCCUUCUUGGCUUGAUCGGCUGAAAGGCAAGCCUAUCACAG